AUGACGACGACGUCGAAAACGCUUUCCGAGCGCGAAGAAGGAGGAGAGAAGACGAAGAAGUUCUUUGUUUUCCCUCUCGUUCCGGUGAACUCGUACGCGUUGGACGAAGUUUCUUUUGUGAAUGCGAGUUCGAACACCACGAACAACACCAUCACUACUAAGAAUGCGACGAACGAGGAGGAUGAAAAGAAAGCGAAUAUGUUGCCGAUAUUUACGCUCCAACCUCUCAAAAAACAACACAACACAGACGACGGCGAAAACAACAACACCUUCAUACAGAAGUACGGCCAACCGACGUGCGGGAUGAGCGCGGACGAUCGCGUGUUUGUCGGUACCAACCGAGGGAAUCUCUUGCGGGUGAAUUUCGUGGAAGGAAGGACGGAUGUUUUAGGGUUUAACAACACCUUGAAAGUUGUGAGCGAAGAAGACGAGGAGAUGAUGUUAAGAGGAGGAGCAUUCAAUGAUAACGAAGAAGAAGAAAAGAAAGAGGAUUUAAAAGAAGGAACGACGGGGAGUGUUGGUGAAAAUAAAACGGCGAAAAGGAAAGGACUGGCAAAUUUAUUACUCGCGCGGAACCCGUUGGGAAUAAACGCGAAUCAGAACGAGAUUGGAAAGGUCGUGUGCGCGAGAGGGGACGCGUGCGCGUUUACCGCCAAGGACGGAAAGACCGGGAAGGUGGUAGAGACGCAUUAUUUAGGUGGACAAGACUGGGAGCGGUCGAAAGCAAUCGGGAAGUUGAGAGGGGUGAGCGUGAGCUGCGGGUGCUGGGCGUCUUCGUCUUCUUCCUGCGAUGGUAGCGACGGUAGGGGUAGGGGUGUUGGUGGCGAGGAGGGAGAGGAGGAAUCAUCGAGCGAUUCCGAGGAAGAAGGAAAGACGACGACGAGAAGCAGCUACGAGAAGGAUUACGAUAUGGAUGACGACGACGGCACGAAUGCGCCUCGAAACAAUAACAACGCGAAGAAACCGAAAGCAGCGAAGAAAAAUCUGAAGGGAGAGAAGAAGACGAAAGUGAAGCGCGAGUUGCUCCUCGGGACGUCCACCGGGUCCAUCGUGUAUUUAGAAUUAGAAGAAGACAAAGAGGAUUGGAAACGAAUGCGAGAGAUGAAGUGCGUUCCAGUUCUAGAUAUUCCAAAGGAAAGUGGGUUGAGUGAACCGAUUGUUGGCGUGAAAUUGUAUUCGGCGAAAACGACGAGUUUGACGUUGUCGCGAGAGCCACAAAAGCCUGCUUUAUCAAAACUCUUGUCGAGCGGAAAAAGCAAUAACGUAGACGAUGGGCAGAAGAAGAAGAAGGGCAAAACCAAAUUUUAUUCGUUAAUGGUGGCGACGCCGUCGAGGUUAUUUUUCGUGAAGAAAGAAGCGCGGUCGAUCGAACACUUCUUUGAUGAGUUGAAAAAGAGCGAAAACCAAGCGCUUCUCGAACCGGUGGUGCGCAUGCCCGUGCGAGCGUCGACUUCAUCUUUAGCGACGAAACGAAACGCGUCCACUGAAGAGAUCGUGUUUGCGUGGCUCACUGGAGCGGGAGUGUACGCUGGAUCCGCAGACGCGUCGGCGAAGGAAACGGACAACCAGGCAAAGUUACUCCGAGAUCACUCGUUGCUGCCGUUUCCCACGAAGAACGCUUUGCGUAAAAAAGAAGAUUCUUCUCCAAUAGGUUUGGCACUUACCGAUCACCACGCGGUGUUGACGUAUGCGGAUAGAAUUGCGUGCAUAUCCAGACUCACCGGUGAAUUAGCUCAGCUCUUACGUUUGGAUGAAACCGCGGACGGUAUAGUUACCCGAGAAAGCUUAAUCGCCUCUAAAGUCGUCUUUUGCGCCACGGACGAUAUCACGGGCGUUUCGUAUUUGUGCACCGAUAACGGCGAUCUAUCCGAAAUCGCUUCCAGAGACGAAGCGAGAGAUGCGUGGAGAUACUACUGCGAACGCAACGAGUUUAAGCGCGCGUUACAAUGCGUCGGUAUGGACGCGAGACGACGAUUUGAAAUUUUUAAAACCAAAGCGGAAAAAGCGUUCAAAGAUCGCGAGUACGAACUCGCCGGUCAAGCGUGGGCGCAAUGCGAAGAGAUGGUACCGUUUGAACGCAUCGCUAAGAAAUUUAAAGACGUCGGUUCAUUACAUGGUUUAAUCGCGUAUUGCGUCGGAAGGUAUGAAAAGCUGAAUAAAGUCGCGCUUCUCCCGGGCGGCGGUGUUUUGGUUUCCGGUAUCGCGAGCGGCAAAUCCGAGACGAGCGGCGGUAAAGGCGCCGCGAAGAAAAGCGGUAGUAACAUAAAUGUCGAUGGAGGAGGCAAAGACAACAAGAAUGCUCAACAAAAAUCUGCCGUUGACGAAGAUGCUGCGAAACGCUCGAUGCUUGCAAACUUCCUGGUCGAUUUACAUCUGAGCGCUAUUCAAAGAGCCGAAGAGAAAGGCAAACACGUCUUGGAAACGCGCUUAAAAUUUGCCGCUUUCCUUCGCCAGUUUAAGCGAGAUAUCGACACGCAGCUGACGAAGAGAAAAAUAGAGAAAACUAGCGAUCGCGAUCUCGAAGUUUCUUUCGCGUCCGCGCAAGGCGAACAUGAAAAAGUCAUCGCUUACUUCCUCGACGAAAAGCGAGACAUCGAUUUGACUUUGGACGCGUUGGCGAACGUCGAGGUGCCGUCGGAGUUAAUUUGCGAUUCGAUCGAAAAGUGUUUCGAAUUGAAUCCGGAGAAAACGACGGAUUUCUUAAUCCGGCAAGGCACGAGGAGGGUGGAACCAAAGCGCGUUCUGUAUGCCUUCACGCCAUUCGUCGGGUCGAAAGAUGAAAAUGCGGUGGAAAACGCGAUUCGAUACUUGCGAAGAGCGUGCGCGGAACCGAACGUCUCCUCGUCAGCCGCGAGAGAUUUAGCCAGUCACAACUUAUUGACGACGUUGUACGUGGAAUCUUUAGCGAACGGGUUUCGAGAGGAAUUGUUUCAAGAGUUGGAAAGUUAUUUGAGAGAAGCGGUUAGAUCGGAAGAAGUGGAAUCGUUCGGCACGAGAGAGGAAAACUUUUUCGAAGUUGCCGUGGCGAACGCCACCGGGAACAACGCCAAGAGGAAUCAGUUCGCGUAUUACGACCCGCGAUACGCGUUGACGUUACUCGAGUCGCGCAUGGAUAAAAAAGUCGCGUAUAAAUGCGUCGCAUUUCUGCACUGUUUGUUGAAAGAGUACGAAGAAGCCAUACGAGCUGCGUUGGAGCACGGGAACGACGUCGAGUUGGCGAAGACCAUCGCCGACGCGCCAGUCUCAAACUCGUACGAUUUCGACGGUGGCAUCAACCACGCAUAUUUUGGUGGUAGCGGUGGUGUUGGCAAUAAGAAGAGUAAAACGUCUUUGUUAUUGAAGGAGAUGCAAAAGAAACUGGCGAUUAGACACGAAAGCGAUGAAGACGAGAGCAGCGAGGAUGAGGAUGAGGACGAGGAUACGAGCGACGAGGGAGAGAGCGACUCUGAAAUCGAGCGCGAAGAAACCGCGCAUUUGAGACGCAAGACGCUUUGGUUGGAGAUCGCGAAGCACGUCAUCGAUAAUUGCGCACCUCCUGAUUCGAAAGAGAAUGUCAACCAAGAAUCGCUCGUCGAGCAAAAAGUCAAAGUAGCUUUGAAAUUUCUCAAGGAGACGACCAAAGACAACAACGUUCGCGAACAACAAUCGGGAGGACAAGGAGCGGAGAAGGACAACGCCACUAGAAUUCUCGGCGUGGAAGACAUCCUCCCGUUACUCCCUGAUUUCACGAAAAUCGACGCCGUUCGCGACGCCGUUCUCGAAGCGUUGCACAAGUACCAAAAUGCCAUCGAAACGAUGAAGAAAGACAUCGAACGAGACAGUGAAAUCACCGCACUCGUUCGCGAACAAGUGCGUCAAAUUCAAUCGAAAGAUUUAGAAAUCGACGCAGAGGAGCCGUGCGCGACGUGCAAAAAACCAGUCCUGCGUAACGGUAAGGUCCCGGAUUCCUCAGAUUGUGCUAAAUUGGCCCCGUUCUACGCAUUUCCGUGUACGCACGCGUUUCAUUGCGCCUGCUUGCUCCGCGAGGCGUUGCCGUUAAUGCUCGACGACGAACGCAAUCAGUGCCUCUCGUUGAUGAAAUGUCUCAAAAUCCCACUCCCGAUUCGUUUGAAGCCGAAAGUAAAACUGUGGGGGCCGCCUCCAAAAACGGCCACUGGUCACACCGCGGAAUCCGCGGUGGAAAAGCUCGAAGACGUGCUCUGCCAAGAGUGUCCGAUGUGCGGCAUCAUGCGCACGCGCAUCAUCGACGAGCCGCUUUUCCAUCUUCCGGAGGAGCAAGAAGAGUACGACGCGUGGAAUUUUGAAGACAAAUACACCUUCGAGUUCGAACAAGACGCCUUACGAUUCGUCUCCAGAGACGCAAACGAAAACGACGCAGCGAAAGAGUACGAAGAAGAGGAGGAGGAAGAAGAAGAAGUCAUUCAAAUCGUCGACGGCCACAAAAUCUUGAGCGGAUACGCGGAGAUUUUCGACGAGUUACCGGGCCUCGCGCCGGUGAUGCAAACUUGGGACAGGUACGUCUUCCACGACUCCUCGGACGAGGACGACACGAAAAAAAAAGACGAUUCUUCAUCCGACGAGGAGUAUUAUUAUUAUCAUCAUUCGCAGGUUAGUAGGUAG